ACACUGUGGUUUAUACAGUUGUUUCGUGCUUGUUUUGUAAAUCUCCGACUACAUUUUAACACCGUGGGGGAUCUGUAAAGUUUCGACAUGGUAAAAUCGGAUGGCAUCGCGCAUGCGCAUGGCCUUUAUACGGGCAAUAAGUAUGCUCUGAAAACGUAGAACUGUUAAUACUAUUCAUACGAAAACAGGAUACCAAUCGGACGUAGGCAGUUGACAAUCAACAUCGUCGUCAUUGUUUUGUUCGACAACGAAUAUUUUGAUUGGCCAAUGAACUAGAACCUUAAUACAGUCGAUUAAGUUUACUAGUAAAUGUAGACGGUACCAAUGUAGACCGACUUGGUCAUCACUGACAGUACACCGGUGGGUUACGUGAAUUUAUCUUACCGACAAUAAAACUAUUCGGUUCGUAUUGAAAACUGGCCAGUGAUCGAGAAUUUAGCCAUUGUAGCAUGCAAGUCAAUAAUCAUGGUUAGAGACACACUGAAAGGUGAAAGUUCAUCUGUGUGAUACCCUUCAACUCAAUAGUACUCGUUCAAUAUAAUAGGCCUAGUCCUUUUUUUUUGGCAAAUAUUGAUAACAACUUAAGAGGAAUGAUGUAUUGGGCAGAAAGGACAAACCUACCCCCUAUUACAGAAGCACAAGAUCCAUUGUCAUCGCAAAGAAAAGGCAACGUAUUUAAUGCAAAAACAAAUAAGGAGUUUAAAAACACGCAGCCGGUCACUAUUGAAGUUUUAAUCAGGCCGAAAUUUGGACACAAUGCGGAACGGAACCUAAAUCCAAAAGAACGGAUUAAGCCAGUUAGACCGACAAGAAGUUUUACGCCAAAGCCUAAGCCGGGGUUUACGCACGAGAGGGGGACAAGUUUAAAGAAUGCUCAACCACCUUGUGAACGUCCAAAACUUAGAAAAACAGUAUCUUGCAUUCAACAUAUUAAGGAGGAACACGGCCACUUGCCUGCUACAGAACAUACCAAUGUGGUCCCAAGAGAAAGCUCAGCGACAUUCUCAAAAUCAACUUUAACAAGUAGUACUGGUAAUUCAAAUGAAUCGGUUAACAGAAUAAGGACAGUUCGUAAAGCGAAAUGGAGCAACAAUAACGGUUCAAGAAAAAUAAGUUUAGCACAAAAUGAGGACGUUUCUCAAAUUGUUACAAGUAAGAGGCAAACAAAUGAACAGUUUUUAGACGGGAAAACGAAAAAUCGAAUAAUAAAAUGGCUGUCAGGAGUUGAAACAGCAAGAGAGUCGAAGGAAGCAAAAACUCAAAAUAUAGAAAACGAAAUAGUACAAUCAAUUAAUGAUUCUGAACAAACGCUUCCUAUGAUAGAUGAAGAAAACGAUAUUUCACCAACUCAACAAACUUAAUAUUAUUGAACAGACGAGGACUAAACUAAUAUUCAUGUUGUCUUUGAUUAAUAACUGUAACUUAUUGCAAAUGUUUUAAAUGCAACCUAUUUUAUUUGCAGUGUUUGUUUUAAUUAUAUAUUUUAAUUGUAAAUUGAUUAUAUUUAUAGUUUAAAGACACAGCAAAUGGAAGUGGUAAUAUUGUUACUAUAAAUGAUGAUGUUUUAAAUAUAGAUCUCUAGUUUUUGAAGUGGAUAUGAAUGAAUUCUUUUUUGAUGUAUCUACAUAAUAAAAACAAACACAUUAUGAAGCACCUA